GGCCGGGCCUCACCUCCACCGAGCCUUGGACAGCCGCGCCCACUUGGGCGCUGGGAGCCCCGAGCUCCGCCUGAGAUGGGGAGGUGUAUCCCAGGUUGGAGAGCCGCUGCUCUCGAGCCCACCGUUGCGCACCUUAAGGCCGGCCUGCCCAGGUCUUCUUGCAGCUUCAGCGCCGUGGGGAAGACAUGCCUACUGAUCAGCUACACGACCAACGCCUUCCCUGGAGAAUACAUCCCCACCGUUUUUGACAACUAUUCGGCCAACGUGAUGGUAGACGGGAAGCCGGUCAACCUGGGGCUGUGGGACACUGCCGGGCAGGAGGACUAUGAUCGGCUGCGGCCACUCUCCUAUCCUCAAACUGACGUCUUUUUGAUCUGCUUCUCCUUGGUGAGCCCAGCUUCCUUCGAGAAUGUUCGUGCCAAGUGGUACCCAGAGGUGCGGCACCACUGCCCCCACACGCCCAUCCUGUUAGUGGGCACCAAGCUUGACCUCCGUGAUGACAAGGACACCAUUGAGCGGCUGCGGGACAAGAAGCUGGCACCCAUCACCUACCCACAGGGCCUGGCCAUGGCCCGAGAGAUCGGCUCCGUCAAGUACCUGGAGUGCUCGGCCCUAACCCAGCGGGGCCUGAAGACAGUGUUUGACGAGGCCAUCCGGGCGGUGCUCUGCCCACCUCCUGUGAAAAAGCCGGGCAAGAAGUGCACGGUCUUCUAGAGCCCCUGGCCCUGGCCCAGCCCGGUGGAGGGGCAGCCCCUGGUCCGAAUGUGCUGUCAUGUUGAGCUGUCUGGUGUCCAAGUCUGCCGUGGGGAGUGGGAGGGGGAGCAUGGGGGCAAGGCUGGGGUGAUGGGGUCCUGUCCCCUCUGCCUCCUCUUUCUGGUGUGCAGCUUCAGCCUUCCCUGGCCCCCAUGGGAGGCCAGGAGGGAGCAGGGUCUCCCUCAGGGCUGCAGGGACAGGUCCAGGGCAGCCCCAGGAUGGGCUUCCCUGAUGGGGAGGGUGGGGGGGUCUGUCUGUCGGGUCCCAGGCAGGGGCAGCCCCUUUUUAUUUUAUACAAUAAACAUUCUCCACCAAUGUUUCCUCCUUC